GCGGCUUCGUCAUUGUCGAUCUCUCUAACUUCAUCAGCACCGUGCUUUUCGCUUCCGUCUUCAGACUAACUGCUUGGCAAAAAUACACCGUGAUCUGAAGUAGUUUGGCUCUUCGGGAAAAAAUGCAGCCCAGAAUGUUUGCAUCUUCUCUUUGGUCUUUCAACAAUGUUGGAAUGAAGCACAUUUCAGUGGUCCACCAUGUCUAUCAAGACGUUAUAAAUUUUAGUUCUUGAAGUUUGAUGUCGUGAACUUUAGACUUCCUGGUGCUCCCUAAUUUUCUUGUGGUGCAUUUCUUUUUAAUGAAUUGGCACGGCUUUAUCGGCCGCUCAUUUAUGAUGAUUCUGCCAUUUGUAGCUUUUUUAUGUAAUUAGGAAAGGAAUUAGUUGAUGGCAAAAAAAAGGGAAAGGUAUUAGUGAAGAUUAUUUGGUUCUAUUAUUGUGUGUUCUUUUCUUAUAUGUGAUUUUUCUUUCUUACAUUACACUUCAGUCCAGCUGAUUUUACUACAAUUCCAAGAUGAUUUUAUUAAGAACUAAAUGAAACACAUCAUUCAUCUGCAAUAAGUUUCUUGUAGAUAUCUCAAUUAUUCAGACGUCUUUCUUCAUUAAAAUGUUUGCUUUACCUGAUUUGCUGAAAGUCUGAAUUAGCUUCUAAAUGUUUCGUGCAACUGAGUAUACUUACAUUACAUGGAAAAUGUACAGAUCGGAGAGAGUUCCAAAAUUGUUAUCCUUAUGCAAGCAGUCUGUUAUCACAUUCAGGUCAAUUUAAUGUAAGAUAGAACCUGCAGGGUUCACCAUGAGCCGAGGAUCUUCAGUGAAAAAACCUUUUUUGCCUCCUGCCAUAGCGCCACCUCCAAGAGCUUUUGCAAAGUCAGCGCAAAGGAGGAAGCAGAGUCCUCGGAACCCGUUGCAGGAUCUGAACCGCAUUUCUAGUGGCAGUAAUAGCAGUGAUUCUUCCAGCGUCUCUGCUGAAGCCUCAAGAGGUUGCCUCCGAUUUUUCCUCUCCCAUGCUUCUUCUCCUUCUCCUUCUUCAAAAUCCUCUGCCUGUAGACCAAAAUACCUCUCCAAAACUCCAAACUCAAUCCCCAAUGUGCCUCCUUUGAGGCAGCCUAAAGCAAAAGAGAACUUUGCAAAAGGUAAUAGUGGGGAGCACACUAAAAAGUUUGCAUUCGAGAAGGCUCAGAAAUUUAAGAAGAAUCCCCCAUGCCUCUACCAGUGGCAAUCCGGGAAAAAAUCUGGCUCUAAAGUUGGCCAAAAAUCCAAGUUGUCUUCUGUUCUGAAUGACCACUGCAAUUUUCUUCCUAGAUUGCCACCUGCAUCUGAACAGUCAAGGCUACAGGAAGAUAGACUCAAGAGGAUAAAUGACAAAGAUAAUGAGUGUUCCCAGGUCAAAUCCUGUCAUAGUGAAGUAACUUUGACUCCUUUGAGUAAAGGAGCAUUUGACUCAGAUUUGGAUAUUGUAGGUGAUGAAGGGGAUGCUAAAGAGAACUCAAACACAAGCCUGAGCAAAACACCUCCAAUUCAAAACUCUGUUUCCCCAGAGAUACAAUGUGGUUCUUCUUUGGCUUCAGCUACUACACCAGCCUGUUAUGGUGCUGGCUAUAUAGUUUCUGGUGUCACUGACAAGAGAAAGUGCAGGCCUAGAGGCAUUCUUAUUGUCGGAGAGGACAACCCCAACUUUAAUAAUGUGGCUGCUGAUAGUCUUGAUGAUGAGAAUGUGAAAGAAAUGGUGGGCAUGGUCAACAAUGUCAGCACCUCUUUGUUGCCUUUGCCAAGUGAAGCUUCAAUGUAUUGGGUUUGUUCACCUCAUAAGAAUGGGAAUAAAGAUGUCACGGGGACAUCUGAAAAUGGAGCUAGUCAAGUUCAGGGGCAAGCAGAGUCCACCGCUCUUGGCUCCAUUUCUUCACCAUCAUCCGGCCAUAGAGUUUCUCUGGGCCUAAAUGAUAGCAUUGAUUUGUCUAGUGCGGGUUACUGUAUCAGGAGAAAAGCAACUAGUUCAAUUUCUCCUAGUGGGCUCUCUGAAUUUCAAGGAUUUUCAGAUUCCCUAUUAUCACCUUCUUAUUUACCCAUGUUCUUUUCUCCCAAUUCAACAUCCAGCUGCAUGGCCGGUGGCUCAGGAAUGGGCAAAACUUCUCAACUCAAUCCUAUUGAAGAGAACUCUCCAUUCUCACUCAAUUCUUUGAGUAGUGGAAAUGUUAUUCAAACUCCACAGUCAGACUCCAGUUCAGAUAUCCAUGUUGGAGUGCCAUGGGUUCAUGGAGACUAUCUGAAGAAAAAUGGUCCUAAGCUUGACCUUGAUUCCAUAGGUGAAGUUAUUCCAUCAGCAAGCUUCAUGUCUUUGCCAUUUGAGGAUUCUGUUAAUUCAAGUUUCCGAUUCGAUUGUUCUACUGUGCCUUCUGAUUCAAUUGAUCUCUGUAAACUUCCAAAAUUUUUGGAUGAUCAGGUUCCUUGGUUAUCGAGUUCUACAAUUGAGACAGCAUCACAGUCCCAAAUGAGGAUAUCAUGGAGGGAAGGGUUAAUGAGCCAACUUUAUGAGAUGGAUGACGUUGAUUGUUGCAAGUGCUUGUCAGAUGAAGAAGAACUUGCUAAUGACUGUAAUAGCAAUGAAUUAUCAAUCUAUCAUGGUCCUAAAGUCAAUGACAAAGUAGAUUUUGAUCAAAAGUUGAGUAGUGAUGUCAAAACCACUGAAACUGAUGAUAAAGAGCUGAGAAUUGAGGGGUUGGGCAAAGAAAUAUUUCCAGGUUUGGUAUCUUGUUCAGUGGCCGAGUCUAUAAGCACUGAUGGAACUGGUCUGGUUGCUUCAAGAGAUGAUUCAGAUUGGACGUCAUGCUACAAGAACACAUUAUUUGAAGAUUAAGAUUGAAGUUCGUUGUCCGUUCAUAGGGUAAGAGCUAGACUAACAUGUUAAAAGUUGGUCUUUAGGAGUUGACCUCUGCUUGUACUCAUCAAAUUUGUGUUUCACUUGACACUAGAAUUUUAGAUCUCUGGUGUAAAAUUUAAUGUAUGUACAAUGAGAUUAUCUUGAAUCUGAUCCUUGCAAGGGAGGAUAUUGGCUGGGUGGUUGAAGAAAUAAAAAUAUAAUAAAAUAUUCAACUUGU